AUGGCGGAGGCGGUUAGUUCUUCCGUGAUCGGAAAAGUGGUAGACUUGUUGUUUGGUGUGGCUAAAAAGGAGAUUAGCUACAUGUGUAAUUGCUCUGAAAAUGUUGAAAAAUAUAAAAAUGAAGCUGAUAAGCUGUCGCGUAUGAAGGGAAGGGUUCAACAACAAAUAGAUUUGGCUAAAUCUAAAGGGGAAGUUCUCCUAGAAGGUGUGGAAGAGUGGAUGAAGAAAGCAGAUGCUGAAAUAUCCAACGCAGCCACGCAGUUUACUAACGGAGAAGACCAGGAGAAAUGCUUCUAUUUGUGUACCCUCCAUCGUUGUAGUAAGACGGCGAUAAAAAAAACGUUUUCUCUUCAGCAGCACCAAGAAGAGGGUAAGAGUUUUGAAACUUGUGUCUCCCUUCCUGCUCAAGCCCUAGGAUUCACAGACCUCUACCAAAGUAAAAAUCUUGACGAUAUCGGUACCCAUAAGUCAAUUUUGGAGGAGAUCAUUCGAGCUAUAGAAGAUGACACAACACAAAUCGUUGGAAUCAAUGGCUUAGGUGGUGUAGGUAAAACUACACUAGCUAGUGAAGUUGCUAAAGCAAUAAAGAAUCAAUUUGCGGAUAUCGUGUUUGUAACAGUGUCGAGAACUGUUGAUGUUAAAAUAAUUCAAGAAAAGGUUGGAGUUGCGGCAAGUAGAGUAAUAAAGGGAGAGAAGGUUCUAAUCAUUCUAGAUGACGUUUGGGAAGAACUGAAGCUUGAGGAAUUGGGCAUUCCAUGUGGGAGUGAGUACUUGAAUUGCAAGAUUUUGCUUACAUCUAGAAGCAGAGACGUGUGUGCGGCAAUGAAUGCCCAAAAGAAUAUUUCGGUGAACCCUUUGCAAGAGGAAGAAGCCUGGACACUUUUUGAACGUGUGGUUGGUAAAAGUGAAUGGGACGAUACACUGAAAGAAGUUGCAUUAAAGAUUGUCAAGGAAUGUGGUGGAUUGCCACUUUUUAUUCAAGCUCUUGGAAAAGCCCUAAAAGACAAAGAAAUGAGAAUGUGGGAGGUAGCGCUUCGACGACUACAAGCUCCCAUAGAUGGGGAUGUCACCUAUAAAAAGGAAGGUAUACUGCAAUUGAAGCUAAGCUACGACCAUCUUGAAGAUGAAGUAGCUAAGUCACUUUUCUUAUUGUGUAGUAUGUUCCCAGAAGAUGGAAACAUUGGCCUUAAAACGUUGACACGUUAUGGGCUUGCUCUUGGGAUAUUUAAUAAUCCUGAUAGCAUUCACGAUACAAAAGAUAUAGUUCAACUGGCUGUUGAGUCUCUUAAAUCAUCUUUCUUGUUAUCGCCUGUGGAUAUAAAAAUUUAUUCGCCGGUUGAAUUUCUUUUACAAAUAAAAGAAGAAGAUGAAUUAUUUAAAAUGCACGACCUUGUUCGUGAUAUGGCAUUGUUCAUUACUUUUAAAGGUGAUGACAAGUUUUUGGUGAAGUCCGGAAAAGGUUUGAGAGAAUGGCAGCCAAGAAGCGACUCUAUAAAAAGCUACAAGAAGAUCUCCCUCAUGGAAAAUAAAAUAUGUAAGCUUCCUAAUUAUGAAUUAGAUAUACCACACCUUGAUACCUUCCUUAUACGAAAUAAUGAACUUUCAAUUGUUCCGGAUGAAUUCUUUCGAGGCAUGAAAGGGCUGAAAGUUUUAGAUAUGGGGGGUAACAACAUUUCAUCUUUCCCACAAUCACUAACGCAACUCACAAUGCUGCGCCUGCUAGAUCUAAGUGGAAACAGAUCUCUCUGUGAAAUUUCUAUACUUGGGGAGUUGACAUGUCUAGAGAUUCUAAAGCUUAGAGGUACUGGAAUUAUAAAUAUCCCUGAAGAGAUAGGACAAUUGACCAAUUUAAGGCUGCUAGAUGUGUAUUGUUGUUACGAUCUAUCUUAUGUAACACCUGGUGUGAUAUCAAAGCUCAUUAGGUUGGAAGAGUUGUAUGUUCAUUUGAGUAAGGAGGGGAAUUGUAGAUUUCUUGCGGAACUAAGUGAAUUGACGUUGCUGAAAAUUCUGCAUUUAAAAGUUAGUGAAUUGCAUUAUAUUCCCAUAAUUGAAACCUUGAUAGAGUUUGACAUUGGUUCAACUGUAUGCCCAAUGGGUAUAUAUAAACGCUUCCUAGAAGUUUCAGGAUAUAAUAAAUGCUCAUGGACGGCGCCAAUUAGGAAACUGAUUCAGCUAACUGAACAAUUAACAUUGUCAAAUAUAGAAGAUGUGGACAACAUCUUACCAGACCUAUAUCAAGAAGGUUUCGAUGAAUUAAGGUGUAUUGCUUUGUCCUACUGUGAGAAUGUUAGAAGCUUGGUGAAGACAUGUGACUUGGAUGGAAUUCAGACUUCAAAUGAAGGUGGUGGUCCGAUGAAAACAAAGGGAAAGUUUUUUUCCCAUGUGGAAGUAAUCGAGUUGUCCAUUUUGAAUGGCUUGGAGCUUCUAUGGGAUAACCCACAUCAAUAUAUAAGCUUUUGUAAUCUAGCGAAAAUUACAAUUUACUAUUGCUCCUCCUUAUUAAAGUUAUUCCCUAUUAGCGUAGCGCAAGGGCUUGUCAAUCUCAAAGAUUUAAAUAUUUCAGAUUGUGAAAGUUUGGUGAAUGUUAUUUCGGAUGGAGAAGAGCAAACAACUGGAAGUGAAAUUGAAUUGAUUAAAAAGGAUACAAAUAUUGUGUUCUCCUUUGAGCAUAUUGUGCUUAAUAAUAUCCCUAAACUUGAGAGCUUCUACUCUGGCCAUUCUAUCAUCAAAUAUCCUUCCUUGGAGUCUCUUUUUGUGUACAAUUGUCCUAGCAUGAAGACAUGGAGCUAUGGAGAGAAUCAUACAACCAAGAUCAAAUUUUAUGAUGAAGAGAGAGAGUGUAGCAUUAAUGAUUAUAUUGCAGGAAAACAUGAGGUGAAAGCAUUAUUGAAUAAUGAGUUGGUGCAAGGAGAUUGCAAUAUUUGCUCCAACCAAGGUAUUGCUUUUUUUUUUAAUAGGAUUGGGAUGGAACUGGAAGAUGCAAUAUCUGGUGGUAUUUUACAUAUUUACUUUGAAGCAAACAAUAUUGUAUUAAACUUUUAA